AUGGACAUCGAUUUCUGCCUUACUUGCAACAGGAAAACGGAUGACUCCCUCUACUGCUCGCCCGAAUGUGCUGGGCCUUCACAAAUCCCUCCGCCCCGCGUCUACAGCGACGAUGAUGACGACGAGCUCUCCGACAGCACCGACGACGAUGUCAUUCUGCACGAGGUGGAGGAGAUAUCGAGCGGCCUGCGCUGGACGGGCAACGACAACGCAGGCAUCCAGGCCUGGGCGGCGGAAAUCCCCUUUGGCGCACCCGCGGGUGGUUGCUCGUCACCCAUCGACGACGCAUAUUCAAUAUCCUCCAUGUCCUCCACCAACUACCGCCCGCCACAACUCCUCAAGUCCCCGCGUCGCGUCGUCCCACCAACACUCUGCAUGACCACUCCCCGCCCCGAACCCCCACCUCCUUCGACCCCCAUGCUCACCCCCAGGCGCCAAUCGUCUUUGGUUUCUGUUCUCCGGAACAGCCACGAAACAAACCGCACGUCCCUCAUAUCCGCACCCACCGACUCGUCCCUCGCCACUCCAGCCUCUUCGCACCCCGUACCAGUUCCUAUCAUCUCCCAACGCAAGCCCUCUACAAUCGGCGAGAUGUACAGCCAGGUCCGCUCCUGGGUGUCCCCUUCGCCUGUCGUCGUGAUUCCACAACCGCGGCAACCCCACCUACCCCUUCCGCGGGUAGAUUCGACGACGAACUUUGCGUUUCUCGGCGACCACGCAGCGGUAUGCUGGAGCACCAUCGUCGUCGACCCCAAGCAACGGCCGCAACAGCACACGACGUCGACCCAGCGUCAAUCGCGCGGCCGCGGGCGUCUCGCGCCUGAGCUUCCGCCGCACGACGAACACCCAUCGUUUAGAACCCGCGGACGGAAGGCGUCUCGUGCAGCUGCAUGA